AUUGUUGCUAGGCCGUCAUCCCGUGCUGAUUGGUUGCCUCGGCUGUCCGUCAGCGCGGGGGCGGGGCUGUAGGGCCGCUGUGUGUAUUUACAGUGCGUGUGGUGCUGGAUCUGCUGGAGGAGCGACAGGCUGGAAAGUUCGGUUAGGGACAUGUUCGAGACCCACUGCGCGUGAGCCUGUGAGCCCAGAGGAGCCGAGACGGGACGACUGAAAGGUCUCUUCCAUUCAGAGGUGUGCUCCCUCCUCAAUAGAGCUCCACCACGGCCCUCACCUGCGUGCUCCACUGUUUCCCCUGCGAGCCGUCCUGGGCUGACCGGCCCUUCCUCCUGCGCUCCCGUGCUGUCUCUCCUGCCACUGCCACCAUGACACGCUCCAAAACCUUCCAGGCCUACCUGCCCAACUGCCAUCGCACCUACAGCUGCAUCCACUGCAGGGCCCACCUGGCCAACCACGACGAGCUCAUCUCCAAGUCUUUUCAAGGGAGUCAAGGCAGAGCGUACCUGUUCAACUCGGUGGUAAACGUUGGAUGUGGGCCGGCAGAGGAGAGAGUGCUGCUGACAGGUCUUCAUGCUGUGGCUGACAUCUACUGUGAAAACUGCAAAACCACAUUGGGCUGGAAAUACGAACAUGCUUUCGAGAGCAGUCAAAAGUACAAGGAGGGCAAGUUCAUCAUUGAACUCGCACACAUGAUCAAGGACAACGGCUGGGACUGACGCGCUCCGGCCGGCUGCGGAGCGUCUGCUGGAAAGGGACGGCAUAUGAGUAACUUUCUGCAUCUGCCAGUAGCUUAUCCCUGGAAAACCCACCCAACCUGACACACACCUAGACCCUCGAGGGUGUGAGAUGUAUAGCGUCAGUGCCGUCUCUCCUGUGUACGUGUGAGUGUGUGAGCGUGCGAGUGUGAGCGUCGCUGUAACAGAGCAAGGCCGUUUCCACUCUCUACACGUCUGUGGAUGCGCAUUCAUCAGCAUAAAGACAAUGAAACCGAUCGCUCGGACCCGACCCGCUCGCAGGUUUCCCCAAUGGCUGGACCCUUGGAGAACAGAGGUGCAAACGACAUAUAUAGAAAUAUACCUUAGCGCGGCACCUUACAGCUCCGCUGAUCGAUGACCAAUUCAUGACCAGUGCUCGUCAGCGCUGCUGGCUUGUCCAUCAAACGACGAACUGUCAUGUCUUUUUCUGUUUUUUUCUUCUCAUUAUCUUUUAUUGUUUGCACAUGACUUAUUUAUACAUGUAUUUAUUGAUUUAUCUUUUUUUGGGGGGGGGGGGUUGGUGGGCGUCGACCCUGUGUUUGAACUGUAGCAACCGCAGCGGUUCACACCCUGACCGCUUUCUGUUGUAGAGAUCUUUGAUGAGGGUCCUGUGUUUUCUCCCGCCUGUUCUGGUCAGUGCUGUUUUGAGCGUGUCUAGCGAUUGUUGUGUUGGUCAGUCCAGCUGUACUUUGGGACUCGUUCACUUUCCCCUUUUGUGGAUCUCUGAUUAGUGCUGGUGAGAGCAUCCCUGUUUAUGUAGUCAUCUCUAAAGGAAAACUUCACGUUCUUCCAACCCCGUCUCCAUCUGCUGCAUCAGGAGCUUAUGGUUGAUUAUCACAGACAUUAUUUUUAGUAAAGGUGUUUAGUAAAAAGGCAGAAAACCCACUCACUUAUAACAGAAACCAAUGGGAAGCGGCUGAAACACCUUCCCAGUGUGUUCUAUCAUAAGUACGACGGUGUUUUAGGGCCACUGUUAAUAAAAUUUAAAAUAGUAGACUUAGAGAAUGAAGUCUUAAUAUUUGGGGGAUAAAGUCGGCUAAAUGUAGGGGGACUAACUGUAGGGGGACUAACUGUAGGGGGACUAA